AUGGCUUUCUUCAACUUAACACGGCUGGGACUACAGGACCCUAUAAAGUCUGCAGUCACUAAACCGGGAACAGCUUCUGCACCAGGCGGAGAUCUUGAUACAGCGAAAUCAACAGCUGCGGCAGCGUCAAGACACGCCAGUCUCAAAGAGCCGGUCUAUCCAAACUCGGAAGCGAAUGGAUCUCACGUAAAAUACACUACCCGUCUACACAAACACAUUCGACCUAAAUUGGGUAAGUCUGCCUAAGAUAAAAAGCUUUCGCUUCCAUACUCUGCGUGAUAUGUAAGCGCGAUCUUAACAGUGAUGAUGAGAUUUUAUUUAUUGAGACGGAAGUUGUUUAUAAAUUUUAUAAAAGUGAUAAUGGCCUUCUUUGUUUAUAUCACUCACUCUUGGUUUUAAUAUUUAGUCUUGUUGUGUUGUAAGAUUAUAGUCGAGAAAUAGAAGUUAUUACUUAAAGGGCUUUUUAGUUAGCAAAUACCCGAUGAUAAUAAAAAUGUGCUUAAAAAACUCUUAUAUGACACAAGAUCUCCCAGGAGGCCUCUCAAAAUUUUUGCCGCACAUCUUUCUAAAAGUUACAUUUGCAGGCAUUUGCACAAGCGAAAUUGAAAACCAUGCCAUCAACCUGAUUUUCAGAUGAUCGUGCAGGCCUAAUUUUUAAUGCACUCACGUCCAUAUCCUUGGACAUUCACAUCCGUAUCCCAUAUCCUUGUAGCCUGUGAACAGGCUCUCUGUUUGGGGAAAAACAGGCUAAUAUCCUUGAGGCUGCUGCAUAGGACAUUUUUAGGGGGUGCCCCUCAUUCACUGAGUGCAGAGGCAUUUUGGAAAAGUAUCCUCUUUGUGUAAGGCUGUAUAUGCACUCAUGAAACUCAAAGGAAAUAAAAUUGUGUUGAGUCUGUACUGAGAUCACGUAAAAUGAAUUUAAUAAUUGUCUUUUCAGAUGGUAGUGGCCAACCUGAGAGUAUUGCUCCUUCUUUGAUACUAAUAGACUCUAUGGACUAUAUCAAAGAAACUUCAACAUUGUUGACCCAACCUCCCAGCAGUAACAGUUUAUUCACAUCCAGGGGAGAGUAGGAUUACUCCCAGGUGCUUCAUGCUACACAAAUGGUGAUAGCCCCAGUCGUGGGUGCUUCACAUGCUCAUGUUAACCUCCAACGCAGUUGUCUUAUAGCUUCACUAUAAAGGCAUUCCUUUCCCACUUUAAUUUGUGGGAAAGGAACCCACGACAAAGCCUUAAGAACUGCAUGGGGGACUAGGCUCCUGUGUGCCUUUACCAAGUGCAUAAGCAAAGCUUCAUAUUUUGAACACUGCAACCAUUAUUUUGCUUUAUUUUUUCUAUGAUUUAUUCUUUUUUCUAAAACAAGGACUUUUGUCAUUUUAAAACCAAAAAAGAACAACAAGAAUAACAACAAAUUGAAAGAAACAGGGUCCACAGUUUUCCAAGAGGAAGGGCAGCCUUCUUCUACUGCAAUGCCAAAGGGUCUAUUACCCAGUGCUUCUGAUAAUUCUUGUGGGAUGAUUCUCUCCUUCUCUUAAUCUUUUAACUUAAAAUUAAUUUUUGCAGGACCAAAUGAAAUAUACCACACCCAAAUAACAACAAAUAUAAAUUACAGUUAUUGGAUGAAAGAUGGAGUCCAACAAGAAUCAUGGACACAGAAUGAUCAUCAUCCAAGAGUCAAUAGUGAAAUGACAAGGUAUCAUUCAAUAAUAAUAUUCAUCAACAUAUUACUUCCUUUCAUGUAAGAUUUUGCCUAGUCUGCAUAGCUGGCAGCAGUUAUUUAUUUUUUAACAGGCCCUGCAAGGAGAAUAUGUGAGAUUUUCUUCCUUUUCCCUUAAAAAACGGCACCUGCUAUGUAGGGUAGAUUUUGCCCUUCAGACCUGUGUAUUUUGUACCUGAAAAAGCAUCCGAAGUUUAAUUGACAAGUCAUUUCAAUAACUAUACAUACAAUGCCCGGGUAGUAGGGUGGGGGUUGGAGGGGUUUUGGAAGGGUGGUUGCGGGCACAGUUGGGGUUGAUGAAGCCAUGAAAUGUAUUGAAAUAAUAAGGUGUUAUUCAAUAAUUCAUGAUCUUAUUAUUUCAAGUAAUGAUUUUGCCCUACAGGGCCCAGUUGUUCAAAUGCCGGUUAGCGCUAACCCAGGGUUAAAUUUUAACCAGGGCUUCUUUUUCUUUUCAUCAAAAGCACUCUCUCAGAUGAUUUUCUAUAUAUUUUUUAGAGUAUCCAAUCAUCAAAUUGUAGACAAAGAGAAUUACACUGAAUUUGCUUUUUACGCUCUCACAUCUGAGUUCAAAUUUUGCACUAACCCUGGGUUAUCUUAACCCACCUUUGAACAACCCAACCCAGGUGUAUUAAUUUUUGUACCUGUACAGGCAUCAGACUUUCAUUACAAGUCAUAUCAGCAACUAUACAAAGGAACCCGAUACAGCAAACUGCUAAAUGCCUGGGCAGUGGGGUUAGGCGAAGGGUGGUUGUGCCCUGGGGGUGGGGAGAGAAGGAGUGAGGGAAGGGUGAUUGUGGGCACACUUAGAGUUGAUGAAGCCAUAAAACGUAUUGAAAAGGACUGAAAGUUAAUGCAACCUUGCUUUAACAUUAGGGUACAUACAUACAUACAUACAUACAUACAUACAUGUACUCUACCAGUCCCAUUUCAGUUUGUUAACUCACAAACCAGGAUGGUAAUAAUAAAAUCAUAUUAUAUUAGAGAUUUCUUGCAAAGUUCAAUGCAUUUCAGAUAACAGAAAUGCUGGAAAAUUUGCAAAAAUGAAUGUAAAGUGAAAAAAACCUUAAUACUUUCUCUAGUUUACCCUUUAAGGACUCAAGUUGAAAGGUACAUGUAUGUUAUAAACUUCAAGUUCAGUGAUCUUGUGUUUGUUUCCUAUUUUUCCAGAUUUGUUGAUGAAAUGACACUUACCAACAGAGAGUUCACGUUAUUUUAA